AUGGGUAUCUGGGGCCUUACAACCUACAUUAAAAAGAAUUACAAAUGGAAAGAGAUAGGAAAAGAUCCUCCACUAAGAGGCCCUUUGCUGAUAGACGCUAUGAGCUGCUGUUACUCUCUUUAUGACGGGAUAGACUGGAAAUAUGGCGGCCAGUACAAGGAGCUUGAUCAGAAAUGUAGGACUUUCUUGACCAACCUAAAAGAAUCCGACAUAGAGCCUAUUCUUGUGUUUGAUGGUGUGGAUUACGAAGGAGAAAAAGGCCCAGUCAUCCUAAAGAGGAGAAAGGAGACAGCAGAAUGCGUUUCGUCCUGCCUUUUGUAUGGUAGUUAUCCUAAAGAUGGUCGUUCAUGUUUGCCAGCCUUUGCUAAAGUAGUCUUUAUGGAGGUACUAAAAGAAUUUAGGAUUCGCUUUAUUGUUGCUGAUGGAGAUGCAGAUGAAUUGACUGCAUCAAUAGCAAAUUCUUAUGGAUGCCCGGUUCUUUCUAGCGAUUCCGAUUAUUACAUUUUCAAUGUUAAAGGCGGUUACAUACCUUUUGA